AUGGCGAGCGCGGUGCGAGAGAAGAGAAGGAGCAGCACCGCGGUUGCGGUGCGCCCUGCACUUCACACGGAUUUCCCUGCAGCAUCUGAGUUGCCCUCACGUCGCUUGCGUGGGAGUUUGCCGUGGUGCACCGCUCCUGCGUCGUGUGGGGUUGGGAGUGCCAGCCUUGUGUGUGGACGGUGGCCCUCUCCCUCCCUCCCCCUCUUUCUCUAUCUUGCUGUGUGGCUGCGUGUGUCCGUGUAUGCGCCUAUUCUUUUUUGCCCCUUCCCUCUUGCCUCUCUCUUUUUGGCUGGCGGCUGUUGUUCGGCCGCGGCUCAAGCCAGCAAAUGCCACCAACGCGAAGGAGGGAAUUCAGGGCAACAGCGCCUGCAGGGCAAAAGAGGGCGCGUGCUGGAAAUAAGAGGGGAGGUCGCGCCACUAGAGUGCCGCGCCGGGGCGGGUGCCGGGCGAGGGGGCAGUCGGAGUCCGGGGGCGGCCGGCGCUGGAGUUGAGCGCGGCGGCGGGGAAGGAGGGGGCCCCACUUCGUCUCGUCUCGUCUCGUCUCGUCUCGCCUCGCCCGCGGCCCCCCAGUGGAGGGCCAUUCCCUUCGCCGGAGGAGAGGCGGGCGCGGCGGAUCGCUCGGGGCGACCCUGGCCGGGGUCGCUCGACACCAAAGAGCAAAAAAAGCCAGAGGUGGGGCGGCGCCUCUUGAUUGGAACGCCGGGGAUCGGGAAAUCGAUGACCGCGGGCUCCUACCUCCUUUACCAGCUGCUGCACCACGAUGCCGCGAAACUCCAAGUGGUUGUCUACUGCUUUGGAAGGGGCAUUGCUUUUUUGUUGGGUAAGAGCCCCAAAGCGAUGUCGCGUUUCCCUCCUUUGGGCUCGGGGA